AUGACCCGUCCAAUAUCAUUAACAACGAAAGAUCAACAAAAUCUCAGUAGUAGCAAUCAACAGUGCACAUUUAAGAUAAUGUUACUUGGCGAUAGUGGCGUUGGUAAAACAUGUUUAUUAGUGCGUUUUAAAGAUGACACAUUUCUCUCGGGGAGCUUCAUCGCUACGGUUGGCAUCGAUUUCCGAAAUAAAAACAUUGUGAUUAAUGAUAAAUAUGUGAAACUUCAAAUCUAUGAUACCGCUGGUCAAGAGCGUUUUCGUUCGGUAACUCAUUCAUAUUAUCGUGAUGCAAAUGCUCUUCUUCUUCUCUACGAUGUCUCGUCAAUUCUCAGUUUCAAUCAUGUGCGCGAUUGGCUAGGUGAAAUCAAAGAAUAUGCCCAGACAAAUGUUAUUAUCAUGUUAAUCGCCAAUAAAGUUGACAAGACAACGGAACGCGUUGUAACACGUGAAAUGGGUGAGAAACUAGCAGCUGAAUAUGAAGUCUCAUACAUAGAAACAUCGGCAAAAACCGGCCUGAACGUGGAAUUCUCGUUCAAAGCAGUGGGCCAAGCGUUACUCGAACAGAUGAACUCGACGACAACUAAUGGGCAAACAGCCUCAAAGACGUUAAAUGAACUUGUUCAACUAAAUGAUCGAACACCUAAACAUGGUUUCUGUUGUUCAUAUUCAUAG